AUGUCUAAUUCAGACCGGGACAUGAUUGCCACCUCUCGUGGGAUGCUAGCCAAGAUGGCAUCGUCAUUGCUGACUCAGAUGGGUAUCACGAACAUCACAUCUCAAGGGAUUGAUUUCUUCGACAACGCAUGCGGCACCGGGGUUUUAACUCAAGAGCUGCAGUCAAUUCUGGCCAAUGAGAUCAUUCAGAAGAGCUCUUUUCUGUGCGCGGACAAGGCUCAGAACAUAGUCGACAUGGUGAAGAAAAGGAACACUUCUCUCCCCGAUGACACUUUCACGCAUAUCGGACUCGGCAUGAGUCUUCACAUGAUACCAGAUCCAGACGCUGUUUUGAAUGACUGCAAGCGCCUUCUCAAGCCAGGAGGCAUACUCGGCGCCACAACAUUCCACCGCAACAACAUCUUUUGGGCCCCAGACAUGCGCUCCGCCUUCGCCUCAUUUCCCUUCACAGCUCCCUUCCCAGACGAAGUGCCCAUGCAGCUGCAUGCGCAGGGGGUUUGGACAGAUCCCGUGUGGAUCGAGGAGCAUCUCAGAAGUCAAGGCUUUCAGGAUGUCGUGGUGAAGGUCGUCGCCAGGAAGCACCACGUGAACAACGCCCAGGAUUUCGUUGCCACUUUUGGGGUGAUGCUUGGUUGGUUCAUGGCGUCAUGGUGGGAUGAGGAGACGCGAACAGCGCACCCUGUGAGUGAAGUACGGGGGUUGGUGGAGAAGCAUUUGGAGGAAAAGUACAAUGGCGAUGGCUGGGACGUUGAGUGGACGUUGAUCGUCUCAACGUGUGUCGUCGACAAGGCUGCGGAGCAUGACGCCUAA